GCCCCCUGUUCCUUCUUUCCCUAAUCCCUCCUCUCCCUCCUCUUCUCCUCUGUCGUUUUCUCCCAGAUCUGAGCGGCCUCAGCUGCUAUUUAAAGCCUCUCUGAUCUCUCUCUACCUACCCAUAUCUCGCUGUUUCUCCAACCCCUUCGCCCCUUCCCGAUCACAGUUUGUAGUUUUGGGCGCCAUGGAUCUUGCGGAGCACAAGCUCUUCGCCGCGGGGCUGCUCUUGGCGGCGACCCUGGUCCUGGCGAAGCUCGUCGCCUCUGUCCUGGCGCCCAGGUCUGGGAAGCGCCUGCCGCCGACGGUCUCGGCUCCGCCGGUCGUCGGCGGGCUGCUGCGGUUCAUGAGGGGCCCGAUCCCCAUGAUCCGGGAGGAGUACGCGAAGCUUGGCGGCGUGUUCACGCUCAACAUCCUCAAUCGCAAGAUCAGCUUCUUCAUCGGGCCCGAGGUGUCCGGGCACUUCUUCAAGGCGCCGGAGGCACAGCUCAGCCAGCAGGAGGUGUACCAGUUCAACGUGCCCACCUUCGGCCCCGGCGUGGUCUUCGACGUGGACUACUCGGUGCGGCAGGAGCAGUUCCGGUUCUUCACGGAGGCGCUCCGGGUGACCAAGCUGCGCAGCUAUGUGGACCAGAUGGUCGUCGAGGCCGAGGGCUACUUCUCCAAAUGGGGAGACAGCGGCACGGUGGACUUGAAGUACGAGCUCGAGCAUCUCAUCAUACUGACGGCAAGCCGGUGCCUGUUGGGGAGGGAGGUCAGGGACAAGCUCUUCGAUGAUGUCUCUGCCCUCUUCCACGACCUCGACAAUGGCAUGCGCCCCAUCAGCGUCAUCUUCCCCUACCUCCCUAUCCCCGCCCACCGCAGACGCGAUCGUGCCCGCGCCAGGAUCGCCGAGAUCUUCUCCACCAUCAUCAGGUCACGCAAGAGCUCCGGCAAAUCAGAGGACGACAUGUUGCAGUGCUUCAUCGACUCAAAGUACAAGGACGGCCGCUCCACCACGGAAGGCGAGAUCACAGGGCUGCUCAUUGCCGCACUCUUCGCGGGGCAGCACACCAGCUCCAUCACUUCCACCUGGACCGGGGCUUACAUGCUCCGGCACAAGCAGUACUUCUCGGCCGCCAUCGAGGAGCAGAAGGAGAUCAUGGCGAGGCACGGGAAUAAGUUGGACCAUGACAUCCUGUCCGAGAUGGACGUCCUCUACCGCUGCAUCAAGGAAGCUCUGAGGCUUCAUCCUCCGUUGAUAAUGCUGCUGCGCUACUCCCACGAUGACUUCACCGUCACGACGAAAGAAGGGAAAGAGUACGACAUCCCCAAGGGCCACAUCGUAGCGACAUCCCCAGCUUUCGCCAACCGGCUUCCCCACAUCUACAAGGACCCGGAUACGUACGAUCCUGACAGGUUUGCGGCCGGGAGGGAGGAAGACAAGGCUGCGGGAGCCUUCUCCUACAUUUCCUUUGGGGGCGGGCGACAUGGAUGCCUGGGGGAGCCUUUUGCUUACUUGCAGAUCAAGGCGAUAUGGAGCCACCUGCUGAGGAACUUCGAGUUCGAGUUGAUAUCUCCCUUCCCCGAGAACAACUGGAAGGCCAUGGUCGUCGGGGUCAAAGGGGAAGUGAUGGUGCGAUACAAGCGGCGGAAGCUGUCCGUCGACAACUGACGGCCGCCCGCAGUGUACCUCGUUUGGAUUUGUCCUGGUUUUUAUUCGCGGGUAUCUCUGCUGUAGUUCUUUCUUCGUUCUAAGAAAACGUAUGCAUCGUUUGUGGUCUUAAUGUUCUA